GCCCCGCCCCCUCCGACGCCCCGCCCCCCGUGGGGACCCGGGACACUCGCACCGUGGACCACAGCGAUGGAGGCGGAGGCGGCGAUCUUCGUCUCGGUGGUCGCCUUCUCGUGGCUCGCGUUCGCCUGGGAGGCGCUGCUCUACCGCCGCCAGCGCCGUGUCCACCUGUCCACGCUCACGGUUCCACCGGAGUUGGUGGGCUCCUCGCUGACCCAGGAGACGCUGCUGAAGGCGCGGAGCUAUCAGCUGGACAAGGGCUCCUUCGGCAGCGUCUCCAACCUCUACUCGCAGAUAGAGUCCACCUUAAUUCUCCUGCUGGGCGGAAUCCCCUAUCUGUGGAGCGUCACCGGGCACAUCGUACAGAGGCUGGGCUACUCGGCCGACUACGAGGUGUCACGGUCGUGUCUCUUCCUGCUGCUUGCGUCGCUCUUCUCCGCCGCCACGUCACUGCCCUGGUCCCUGUACGGCACCUUUGUGGUGGAGGAGCGUCACGGCUUCAACAAGCAGACUUUGGCGUUCUUCCUGAAGGAUCAGCUGAAGAAGCUGGCGGUGAUGCAGAUGAUCAUGCUGCCCAUCUCCUCGCUGCUGCUGCACAUCAUCCAGCGGGGCGGGCCGCUCUUCUUCCUCUAUGCCUGGGCCUUCACUCUGCUCGUCACACUCGUAAGCUCUCUGACGUUUCUGGGUGUGAUGAGUCUGUGGGUCGCUGUGUGGUGAGCCUGUGGGUGUCUCUGUGUGGUGAGCCUGUGG